CUGAUGAGACGUGUGUGAAAUGUUUUCACUUCACAUUAAGCCCCCUGAGCAAUGUCGGAAAGAAAAAUAAGCAAAGCCCUCAGGAAGGAGCGUGAAUCUACGGUAUCUGCAGUAGAUAUCAAGUCUCUCACCUCGAGUGAAAGCACUUUUAAUUUUAGACCUUUGAAGGAAGUCGUGACCGGAAUUCUACCCAUCAGCUACGAAGAUGAAAUCGUGCAAAAGCGGACGCAAAUUCUGAGAGAUCCACUGCAGAUCUUGUUGCUGUUUCCCGACGACGAUGUUGUGGCUUUUACAAUUCCUCGGCAACAGCGGACUAUACAUUCAACAGUGCCUGGUGAUGCUCUCUCCAAAGCAUCCAACUUAUUUACAAGAGAGUGUAUCAGAUUCUACACAGCUAACUGGAGUUGCAUUGACAACAAGUAUUCAAGCUAUGGAGGAAGUUAUCUUAAACUUCCCAGGCCACCUCCAGGAAAGGGACUUGAAAGACAAGUUUUUGCAAUGGAUGUGGAGGAUCAGUUGGAUUGUGUGAAUCAGGCUGUACCAAUGAGCCCAAUGCGCGAAAAAGGGAUUUCCAAACAGGGCUUCCUUACCAAGGCCCCAUUCCAUGGUGAAAGUAACGGUACACCCGGAGCAAAGAACUUCAAGCGAAGAUGGUUUAAUUUAAAGCAAAUAUCAAACGAUGGCUCGUACGUUUUGGAAUACAAGAGGGAUGAUCUCAACACCAGUAUGGCUAGAGGGGUGCUUUAUUUAGAUGCGUGUACUCACAUUACCAAGGGAGUGAGGGGACGAAUGCACGGAUUUGAACUUCACAUUCAAGACAAACUGUAUACCUUGAUUGCUGACAGUCAGUCGGACAUGGAGUCGUGGAUUUCAGCCCUGUGCAAAGUCACUGGAAUAGAUAUGGACACGAGCAGUAAAUCUUCCGGCUUCAACUUAGUUGGUAAGGUGAAAGCACCGAAACUGCAUCAAUCUUUAAGAGAAAGUCUCAAGAGCAGCAAACAUCCAGAACUUCUUGAAUUUGCGAAGGAAACAGAAGUUUUGAACGCGAAACGAAGGAAAGAUGGACGGAAGAAACUCUUUUCGCUAGUACACGACUUGGACAACAACGGUACUUGCGUGAAUUACGACGACGCUCGAAUAGAUGCGAACGUUUUCCAACAACACUUUGGAAUGCGUUUAUUGUUAGAAUGCGAGGAACUGAAGUUUCGUCUGUUGAGAACUAUGCAUGACUGCAGCGAGGCGAACAUUGAGCCAUUCUUUUUGUCUAUUGCGUUGUUUGACGCCAAACUAGGAGCUAAGAUUUCGGAAGAUUUCCACUGUGAUCUGAAUGACGCGUCCACCGAGGAAAUGCUCCACGGCUCGGAUCUAAUUGAGAACGGUCAUGCAAAUGGGAAUGGAGUGGAUCAUCCGGCAGUGAAUAGCCGAGAAUUGGAAUAUACCUGUCCAAGAAAGGCAAUUUUCUCCAUAACAAAUCCCCACCAGGAGGUCUACUUGGUAAUUAGGAUAGAGAAAGUUUUGCAAGGAAGCAUUAGUUCUUGUGUCGAACCAUACCUCAAGUCAGGUGACACUAAAAAGAUUGCACAAAAGGCACAUAAGCUGGCCGAGAUAUGCUGUAAAAGUCUGGGACAAUAUGCAAUGCCAUUUGCUUGGGCAGCAAGGCCGUUGUUCAACGGCGACGGGGAACUGGACACAGGGGAGUCAACAUCAAUCUACAAACAGGACAGAGAAAAACUCAGCGAUGAAGAAGUGUUGAAACUGUUGUCAAACUACAGCGCCACAAAGGAAAAAUUCAAGCAGCAGACUAUUCCAGGAACGCUGCAGGUUUCUGUCAAGAAAUAUUUCGAAGGAAUACCAAACUCACUGACGUCAUCACUGGUUCCCGUGAAGCCGUGGGAUGAUUCUCUAAACGUCCGUCCCACAGUGGAAGUAGAAGAAUUCUCUGAGUCGUGUCCUGAAGCUGCACAUCCGCACAUUUUUUACGUCAACAACUUCUACGUCUAUCCUCUCUCUCUAAACUACAGCAAUCAAAAAGUCUUCUCCAAGGCAAGAAACAUUUCUGUGAAGAUUGAAUUCAGAGAUUCUGAUGAUGAAAAUGCGAAACCUCUCAAGUGUAUAUACAAGAAAAAAGGAAGCCCUGGGUUCACUACGCAUGCUUUCGCCGCCGUUGUUCAUCACUGUACAACUCCCACAUUUUACGAAGAGGUGAAAAUAAAGCUUCCGACUCAACUCACAGAGAAGCAUCAUGUGUUCUUCACAUUCCAACACAUUGCGUGUGAACAGACCAAGAGCAGCAGCGGUACAGGAUCAGUCAAGGGUAAACCUCAGCCUAUAGAGACACCAGUUGGAUACGCAUGGAUGCCAGUGCUACAGGGGUCAAUCAUGAAGACGGAAGAAAGUAAUCUUUUAGUUGGCCAAGUAGCUCCCAGCGGCUACCUUUCAGCCUACUUUGCUGGAUUGAAAAAGGCAACUGGCCCCGAUCUGAAAUGGGUCGACAAAGAGAAACCGCUGUUCAAAGUUUCCACUCGACUAGUUUCCACAGUCAACACUCUGGAUCUAGAGGUGGACAACUUUUUCCGUCAUUGUCAGAGAUUUGAUGGAUCGCCAGCCAUGGACAUUGAGAUGGUCAAACUUCUCAAGCUGCUGAACGCGGUUGCUGUAGGCACGGUGGCAAGAUUCCUGCCAGUUAUCUUCGAUCAGUUGUUUCAUAUUCUCGUUGUUACAGAAAACGAGGAUGUUUCUCUAAAUGUGGUCAGGGUGCUGAUUCGAAUCACGGCGCAACUUCACGGAGCGAACCGACUGGAAGCUUUGAAUUCUUAUGUGAAGUACGUGUUCAUCACCGACCAGCCUCUGGACAAUAAAAACACGAUUCACGAACAGCUCUCAAAAUACUUAAUGACGACGCUAAAGCCUGGCGCUGAUCCAGCGGUGGUUAACGAUCUCAUGAUGUUGUCGUGGUUUUUCUUCGAGAUCAUCGUGAAGAGUAUGGCACAGACCCUCGUGCAGUCAGACAAGUUAAAGAGAAUGAAUCGUGAGAGCUGGUUUCCAGAAAGCUACAACCGCUGUUUGGAGAAUUUCCUUCAAGCUUUUGUGCCCCAAAUCAUCAGCAGAUUAAAGGAUCAGCCUCAAAUAGCAAAGGAAGCAAAUUUCCACUUGGCUUGUUUCACUAAGGACUGUUUCACGUACUUGGACCGUGGGUUUGUCUUUCAAAUGAUCAGUUAUUAUUCUGAACAGUUCAAAGACUCUGAUACACAGCUCUUGGCGGUGUUCAUGAAUGUGAGCUCACAGAUGAUUACUGUAAGAGGUAUUUCCUUGUGGGACUACUUCUGCGGGAGGUCUCCUCUGCUCUUACACAGGGCCGACACAUCAGAAAACUUGCCAUCAGGGUGUUAAGAAACAUGCUCGUUAAACAUGAACUUGAUGACCGUUAUGAUGGAGAGCAAAAGCAAGCCCGUAUAUGCACGCUUUACCUUCCCCUACUUUCGGUCCUUAUGGAUCACGCCCCUCGUUUCCAUGGUAGCAAGUACGACUUAUCGAACCCAAUCCUCGGGCAGCAAAUGUCUCAGACCUCCUCGACGAUGACUGUUCCCAAUAGUGAAUUUGGCGCAGACUCCAAUCGUAGCUCAAGUUACUCGGCGGUAUUGAAGCAGAGUCCGAGUGAUUCACUCACUCAGCAGGCGGCUGCUCCACUUAGGGAGGCCACUCAGAUAGCUCUGCAAGUGCCACUAGAUGAGGACGAGACGAAGGAGCUCCUUCUAUGUGCGUUGUACAUCGCCAAGAACUUAGAGCAAGGUGUAAUCCUGGACUGGUGGCGCCAGAUCUUGUCUUCUACAGUCAAACGUCCUCACUGGCACCCUACAGUUCUGUAUUUGAUGCAGCAGGACAAGAACUACUGUAAAUUCGCUGCCAUUAUCGAUGUGUUUGAUUUGCUCGAACUUGCUUUAAAGCACUUUCAGUACGUUGGAGAGGAUAAAAUAACUUCUCAAAGGGAUUUUGAAUAUCUUAAAGCGAUAUGGCGUCCAUUGCAGAACACGCACAGUGAAACCGCCAAACAGUUCUUUGAGCAGAGGUACCAGGGCGGAGUCUCCAACCAAGGAAAGACGCGUCACUCCCGAGGAGCGAGCAGCGGAGGUAUAAACCUCAAUAUUGAAACUCGUGUGCUCAUGGAAGGAAAUCUUGCAAAUGAAGUAGGUCUUAUCGUUUUAGACACCAUUGAGCUGUUUUGUGGUCAUUUUAAGUUUCACUUAGAGCAAGAGGAUGGGGACAAUUUGCUGAUGAAGAAGGUUUUUGACGUGCUGCUGAGCUUUUUACAGAUUCCUCAGUCAGAGUUCAUGUUGAGACAUGUGUUUGCAAGUCUUAGAUCCUACAUUAACAAGUUUCCAGCUGCUUUGUACAAGGGAAGUGCCAGCUAUUGUGGGGAUCUUUGUCGUGAGAUUUUAAGCUGCUGCAACUCAAAAAUGGAAAGUCUACGAAACCAGGCCUGUUCGUUUCUCUACCUGUUGAUGAGAAGUAAUUUUGAAUUCAGUGGAGGACAAGCCUGCGAUCGAGUCCAUUGGCAGGUAAUCGUAGCGGUCUCCAAGUUGAUGGCGAAUGGGCUAAACCGUUCAGCUGUAAACAACUCUCUUCUGGCGCUAAAGAAGUAUGCUGAAGAGGACAAAGGAAUGAAGCACACGGCUUUUCCUGCAGAGGUAAAAGACCUAACAAAGAAGAUUCACACCGUUCUGCAGGCGACGGCGCAAAUGAAGGAACACGAUGACAUCCCAGAAGUCCUUGUUGACCUUCAAUACAGUUUGGCGAAGUCUUACUCAAGCACGCCAGAGUUGCGCGAGACCUGGUUAGAGCACAUGGCAGGCGUGCAUGAGAAUCAAAAAAAUUACUCAGAGACUGCCCACUGUUACAUUCACGCUGCUGCACUGGUCGCUGAAUAUUUAAAAAGACAAGGUGUUUAUCACGAAGGUUGUAAAGCGUUUGCCAACGUGUCGCCGAAUGUUGUAGCGGACGAAAGUGUAAUGAAAACUGAUGAAGGAAUGACAAUGGAACAGAAGUACACAAAGAUGUUCGGUGACGACGAUGGAAAGGAAUUCAUCUACAAAGAACCAAAAAUCACAGGAUUAGCGGAGAUUUCUCAACGACUGGAAGCUAUGUACUCUAAAAAACACAAAGAGAGUGUCAAACUUAUCAUGGAGUCCGCAAAGGUGCAUCCUGAAACAUUAGAUUCAAAACUGGGCUACAUCCAGAUUACCUAUGUACAGCCCUAUUUUGAUGACGAGGAACUUGAACUAAGGCCGACCAUAUUUGAACGAAACAAUAACAUCCGACGGUUUAUAUACGAGACACCGUUUACGGUAAGCGGUAAAGCUCAUGGAAACCUGACAGAGCAGUGCAAGAGAAAGACCAUCUUAACUAAAUGUAUUGAUUUCAGUGCUUGUUUACAGGUGAAUGCAGGUCCCCUGGCAUACGCUCAUGCAUUUCUAGACAAGUCGGUGUUGGCUUCGCAUCCUCAUAAACACAUUGAGAUGCUUCAGCAGGUUUACAGGGAGUUUAUCGGUUGUUGUGGAAAAGCUUUGGAACAGAAUGAUCUGUUGAUCAAGGAAGAUCAACGAAUGUAUCAAGAAGACAUGAAAGAAAAGUACGCUCAACUAAGGACGCAGUUGGCCAAGUAUAUCGGAGAUGAGGUGAUCAUAACAGUAACCUCGUCCAACAGCUUGUCAUCACUUGGAUGAGAGUUAAGCCAUUGAGUCUGAGAAGCAAUUCUUGUCACGUGAAAACGUUGGCUUGGUCAACUUAACAGCAGAGAACUAUGAGGAUGCGUUUCCAGUUUGCAGAAGAAAUCACACAAGUAUCACGCUCCUCGCAAAUGCUUGUUGUCGUUCAUUUAACCCUUUUUUUGUGGGUAUAAAUUAUUUAUGUUACACCUUAAGAUUCCACAAAAGAGGGAUUAAGUGAAACGUGAUUUGAAAAGCACUAUAAAUUGAUUGCUAGUCAAUAGAGCUGUUGUAAGAAAUUCUAUGCAAAAACAAAGUAGGAAAAUUUUUGUUAUAAUUUUGUCUUUAGAACUAAAGGUUUAAAUAGUGUUGGUGGAAAAGAAAUAUCACAUUCAAUCACCAACCACUUGAUUGGAGGCUGUAGUCUUCCUAGUAAGGUACCGUUAUAAAACGUCACGAGUAAACACAAAACUAGGAAUUAUUUACCAUAAAAAUGUUUUUGGUAUCAUUACCAAUGCCAUUGACAUGUUCAUCUUUUGCGCACCGUUACAGUUAGCGACAUAGACCGAUUCUUUUGGACCCUAUUGUUGAGCUCGUUCGUGUCGAGUGAGUUGUACAGCCGGCAAGUGCCAUGACGUUAACCAGAGUUUAAGAACAAAGCACAUGUUUGAACAUCUAUGUUCAAAACAGAAUUUAGUAUACUUGAUCAAACAACUUUUACCGUCUUUAAAUCCAGAGUGAAAAUAGUUAAAAAUAUUUUAUGAAUUAGCAGAUCCAAUCACUGAUAAAAUGUUAGUAGUUGGAAUUAUUUUUAAGGUCAUUUCAUAUUUUUUUCUUACCCACAAUAGGCCUGUUAUCUCUUAGUUUUGCUUUGUGUUUGUGUCUGUAGGCGUGUUGUUGUUGUUUUGUUUGUUUAUUUGCUAUUUUUUGUUUCUUUGUUUGUCUUCUCACGGUUGGGGGGGGACGAAUAUGGCGAGGUUAGAAAUGGAGGGGUGGAGGGGAAAGUCGAAAAGGGAGCGAAUGAAUUUUCUUCUCAAACAAGAACACCUAUAAUAUUAUGCAUAAUGACUUACUUUAAAAAUAUGAACUUGAAUUUUGCUUAAGAGUUUCAUGUAAUAAGAGAUAGAAACAUUUAGUUUUUUAUAAGAAUUCGAUCGAUAGAACUUGGGAAUGAAAUAAGUUUAUAAAAUCGAUGAAAGUUCAUUGUGGAUAGCAAGAAUGUACUUUUGAAUUUUUUCAAAAUUUCUUCAGUUUUCACUUGUUUAUUGUAUCUGGUCUUCAAUGCAACUGAGUCAUUCCUGUCCAAUUUUUAGAGUCGUUUUAUAAACAUUUGCCCUCUAACUUACAAUCUCGACUGAAACAGACUCUUGUUACAAGUAGCCUCUUACAGAUAGGAAAUAUCACUGUAAAUUUCUCCGAGAAGGAAAGUUGUACGACAUUAAAAUAUUACGUCGAUGUCUGGGCAA